AUGGCCAGAGCUGGUAGUGACCGCUACUUCCAGUUUUGUUCCCGCUAUGUACAGCAAAAGAACAGCAAUAUCUCCUGCUUCUGGGAAACACAACCCUUGGGCUGCACGAGGAUCACCUGUGCCUUCCAUCACAGGAAACCUCGUAAUAUCAAUGGACUGUUUUUGCCACCUACUGACAAUGCCCCGUUGCAACAGGGUGUCCAAGAAGGCAUUCUGCAUCCAGCCCAUCGUCAAGAUGAACUCAGAAGUCAGGAGAAUAUUUUAAGACCAAUUCACCCUCCACUGAUUAUAAACCUCAACGACAAACAGGAUGAAGAGGACGAUGAAGAGGGAGAGAAAGAUGUUGCUGAAUGGGUGCCAAAGACUGCUGCAGAUAGUGAAGAGGAAAGAGCAAUAAAGGAAAUAUGCUAUAAGUCUGGAGAGUAUUACAGGAUUCGGUACCCUCACGAACACCAAUCAACAAAAUCCAUGUAUUCACCUCGGGAAAAUGAGCUACUACCCUUGGAAGCUUCCGAGCGAGGCUUGCAGAAAGGUGAUGGUACUACAAGUCCUACAAAAUUUCAUAAUACCAGAAGAGGAGGAGAGAGUUUGGGAAGGAGAGCACCAACAGAGGGUGUUCCCAGAACAUAUCGUAGAUCCUUUGAAAAUGGAGGAAUUCACACUCCAGACCCCAAGGGCAAACCAAGGUACCAACAAAGGGGCCAAAGUGAGGAUGACAAGGCUGCUUCUUCUGUUCCUUGUGCGAGAGAAGCUGAAAGAAAGACUUAUUUCAAUCCUUCACAACCUCGAAGAUCAGCAUAUGUAGUCUACCGUACUGUCACCGUCACCCAAGAAGCAAAGUUCAAUGGAUGUACAGACAAAUACACUUCAGGACCUCAUAAUGCACCACCUUGGAGGAAAAGAAAUCCACAAGCAAAAACGUUCUCCACGUUCAAAACAACCAUUCAGAGCCAAGAAGACAGGCAAGCGAAUAGAAAAGGAGAACGAUACGUAGACAGGAGAAAGAGAUGA